GUUAUUGUGAUUGUGAACAGUUCCAAUCGUCAAAGUCAAACGACAAAUAUACGGACGAAGCAGCACAGCACUGAAUAGAAACAACACGAGCAUAAGUUCCGCAGUUCAAAUGGAUUUUUUGUAUUCAAGCACGACAAUUUGGUUAAGUAUAUUAAUCAUAUUAGGAUUUAUAUACGUUAAACGAAAGUACAGUUACUGGCAACGGCAUGGAAUUCAAUUUGUAAAGCCAAAUUUUCCCGCUGGAAAUUUGUGUGCUCUUCGACAAACCGAGCACUUGUCACAGCUUUUGGCUAAAUUCUAUUCUGAACGAAAAAAUGGUGCGCCAAUGCUUGGUCUCUAUUUCUUUUUAAGUCCAGUUUUAUUGAUCAACGAUUUGAAUUUGAUAAGAAACAUUUUCAUCAAAGAUUUUCAUUAUUUUUGGAGUCGUGGUUCAUUUUACAAUGAAAAGCAUGACCCAUUGUCGGCCAAUUUAUUCAAUCUUGACUAUGAGAAAUGGAGACCAUUAAGAUCAAAAUUGACACCGACAUUUUCAAGUGCAAAAAUGAAAAUUAUGUUUAAUAAUACUAUUGCGGUGGCCAAUGAAUUUGUUGAUUGUUUGAAUCGUGACAUUGAAUUGAAUGGUGAAGCUGAUGUCCACGAAUGGUUUUGUCGCUUUACUACUGAUGUCAUUGGAGCAUGUACACUUGGUAUUGAUUGCAAUAGCCUGAGAGAUCCACACUCAAAAUUCCGUGAAAUUGGUAAAAAAACAUUUGAAGAACCAAAACUUAGUUCAUUCCAACGAACGCUGGUUACUUCAAACACCAAUUUAGCCAGAUUCAUGCGCGUUCGAGCUCAUCACAAAGAUGUUACCGAUUUUUUCUUGAAAAUUGUCAAAGAAACAAUUGAAUAUCGCGAAAAUAAUAAUGUAAAACGGAAUGAUCUCAUGAGCUUGUUGAUUGAUUUAAAAAAUGCACAAACAGACGCAGACCGAUUAACGAUACUCGAAAUUGCUGCACAAGCAUUUGUCUUCUUUCUGGCUGGAUUUGAAGCAUCAUCCACAACUUUGACAUACUGUCUGUACGAAUUGGCGCUGGAGGAAAACAAACAUAUUCAGGACAAAGCCAGAGCUGAGAUUAACAAAAUUCUAGAAAAGUACGAUGGCAACCUGACCUAUGAGGCAAUUAAUGAAAUGACUUAUAUCGAUCAAUGUAUUUACGAGUCAAUCAGAAAACAUCCUUUAGCUGCCUCCAUAGCUCGAAUGGCAACGAAUGACUAUAAAGUACCGAAUUCGAACUACACAAUCCCGAAAGGAAUGCUUGUUUUCAUUCCAACGUAUGCUAUAUACCGUGAUCCAGAAAUUUAUGAAAAUCCGGAUGUGUUUGAACCAGACCGAUUCGCUCCCGACCAAGUUAAGAAGAGACCAUCGCAAUCAUUCUUGCCUUUCGGAGAUGGUCCUCGUAAGUGCAUUGGCUUGAGAUUUGGAAUGCUUCAAGCACGAAUCGGUGUUGUUAAAUUACUGCAAAACUUUGAACUUUCAACUUGCAGCAGAACACAAAUUCCAAUCAAAUAUUCACCGAAGAAACUCUUUCUCGAACCGGAAAAUGGAACAUGGCUUAAAAUCACCAAAAUUGAAAAUUAAAAAUAAAAUUAUAGCCAUCAAUAGCCACUAUCAAUAUACUUUAACAAAAAAAAAUAGCUGAAAUCAGAUUUUCUACAUCUAAAUAUAAUCAUAUUUUAUCGAAUAUUCGAAAAAUUAAGGAAAGCAUUUUAAAUAAGACUACAAUUCAAUAAGUUUCAAUGGGAUUAUAGUGACCCGGAAUCUAUACAAAAAUAUUCAUGUUACUAUUUUAUUGUCAACUGAGACUCGAGUCUAGAUCUAGAUCCCAUUCAAAGCCAUUCAAUUAUGAUGUAUGAUCAAAGAGAUUUUUUCAGCUGAUUAUGAUUUUAAAAACUUUCAAAACAAAGAUCAUUUCAAUAGAUCUUAUUUCUUUUUUACCUACAAUAUACCCUUGUUAUUAAAUACUAAUUGCCAAAUUAUCAGAUUUUCAA